AUGGCGACUCUGCCACCCAAUUCUCUGCUUGCACGGUCACGCCAACCGCGAUCGGGCCCGUCGACCAAGACCCUGAGCGCACCCCUCAACGCCUCGAUAUCUACGAGUACCGCGCCUACCACCAAUGCCUCCCUCUUUUUGACCAACCUUCGCUUGUUGGACUUUACCUCGUUCCCAGACUGGCCAGACUUCGAUGCGCAGACUUUCUCUGUGCAGAAAAAGCGCAUCCACUGCGUAGAAUGGACUCUCUACCAGCUCUUUGUGCUCUGGGACCCGGAAGAGGCGCGGAAUAAGCUUCAACCCUUCUUUCCGCCCAGAGACCAUGUUCAAUCCAUGAACCUACGAGCUGCCCUCCUGCGAAGCCUCGACCAGGCCAAGAAGAAUGGAGUCCUCGGACGAGACGCCGUGGUUCGCAAGACCAUGCUAGAUGAAUGCAAAGGGGAGAGAUUGGAAGAAGUUCUUGCCGUAUUCUCGUCCGCCGUUUUGAAAAAGAUGGUGGCCGAAGUGACAGAAACCGAGCACGAGUAUCCAGCCAUCGCCCAGCAAGUUGCGUUAGAAAAUCGGGGUUACAGUGCCGAACGGACGGAGCUUGUGACUCUUGCGCUUGCUCACAGAGCCUCCAUUACCAAUGCUAUGCGGAAGAAAAAUGAGGCCAGGAAAAAAUAUCGCGACCUUGCUGAAGUGUUGAGCCAGAAGGAGAAAGGCAUUGCACGGAGGAAGGAGGAAAUCAAAUCCGCUCGAGAAAUAACAAGCGCGCGAGACCUACCAGACAAUCUCAGGUCGGAUACUUGGAGGACGGUGCGAACGAACUGGGCUGGGAAUGAGAAAUGGAUGGAGACUCUUCUCUACGGUGACUCCAACGCCCGCAAGGAUGGCCUGUUGUCGGCCCCCUUUGACAGAAUCUGGCGGCGCUUGGAGUCUGGCCGACUUACCGAGUUGGAGACGCACGAUACAGGGCUUUUGGAGCAAUUGGACGACCGUGUCAGGACGCAGAGGGAGAGACUCGCGAGAUGGCAGGAAUUCCGAGCCGGCAUGUUCGGCGAACGACGCAAAGCCAGCACGUCCAAGAUGUCACAGCCAACGAGAGCAAAACGUGGUAUCGACCUCGAAUUCGACUUCCAUGAGAGCUUGCAUCUGGGAAAGACGAGCCCGAAAAGGCAGCUUGCAAAGAAGAGCACUUCAUUGUCAAGGAAUUACUCCAAUCUUUUGGAUGACUGUCUGGCAGAAUUGGCUGAAGUAGGCUCUCUGCCUGUGGUUAAGCUCACCGAGACAUUGGGCCCACGGACUCGCCAACAUGAGAAGCCAGAUGGGAUUCUGGCUACGAGGGAAAGCCUCGGAGACGAGACCAUCUCAGAACUCAGCGAAUUAGAGGACGAUUUGCAUGGAACAAACAAUCUACCCCGGCGUCCGUCGCUGCAGGAACCCCAUCUCAGACGUCUCGAACGUCCCGCCAUCAGCAUUUCUUCCCGCACCAGCAGUUCUGACCUGCCAGCCCCGCUACCUAGCCCAUUGCUACUACCGCCAGAGUCGCAAGAUGAACUGGCUAUCCCUCCGCCGACCCCCCCUUUACCGGACGAAGACGACAUUACGGAGGCGAUCCCUAACCGCAUUGCAACUCCGCCCCUGGAAGAACAAGGCGAGGCGGAGGUUCCGUUUGAAAGGGAAGACAGCUCACCCGAGCCACCCAAAUCACCAACACAAGAGCUGGCAGACCAGAUCUUGAAGGACAUAGACGUUGCAUCCCCCUCACCUGUCAAGCGCUCCAAACCACGUCAUACCCUGUCCCUCGCAGAGCGGACGCGGUUGUCAAUGGCUCGAUCCUCGCGUAACGUCAGAUACGACCCAGACGACGAGGAUGACACGCUGACCCUGAGACCAUCCUUUGCCAGUGCUAAUCGCCGGACUGGGGAAGUUACGAUUCGCGUGACUGAUGAGGACGACCUGGUGGCUCGCACACGCAAGAGCAUGGUUGGGUUUGAGGCCGUCCACCAAAAAGCACAACUGGACAGACAAAAAUCGCUGAAGAAGUCACGGCCUCGAGCCCGAACCGAGAGCCAGAUCCCCGUCGUUGAGGAGGAGACGAUGGAGCUGGACCCCGAUGCAUCGAUACUUGCCGAGGAGUUGAUGGCCGUUGAAGACAUGGAAGCUGUAUUCCGUAGCCGGCCGAGGAUCAAGACGAGCCCGGCCCCCUCACCGUCCAGGAAACCACUUGAGAAAUCUCUGUAG